GUCUGCGACCGUCGUACGCGUUUCCCGUUCAGUUUCGCCGGGUAUAUGCGGUAUAACGUCGGUUACCGCUGACAUGGUUGUUCACAUUACGGUGGAAGACGCCAUCGAAUACCGUAACAAUAACAAUAACAUUGAUACCGUCUUCGUCCGCCCGAACUGCAGCCGUUGUUGCCGUUGUUGUUACCUAGGCCAUCGUUCGUCGUGAAUACCGGCACAACCAAUGGGCUUCAAGUAUAUUUACCCGGUACGUGUUUCCUUUUUUUUUUUUUUUUUUUCCGCGUCUCUAAACGGCUCUUCCGCCUUCGGUUUUGGUUUUUCAACCGAAACCGUUUUUUUUUAGUGCAGCGUCUUUUCCGAAAAGAAAUGUCGUCGGCGCGUCGCGGAGCGGUUUUCGCGACGUUUCCGAAUGACCGGUACGAUACGUUUGGGAAAACCGGCCGCACAUUGACGUUUUCAUUAUUUUCGAUUUCAUUGCGAUUUGGCUGAAAACGGUACUUGACAUUUAUUUUGUGCACGACGCUACUAACGGCCUUUUCCAGACGCGUCCGAAUUUAAAAUCAUUUAUAAGUCUUCUGUGUUUUUUUUUUUUUUUUAUGCAAACUGUACGUUUUCGGUUUUAAUGUGGAUACAAUAUUGUUUUGGUCGAUCACAGAUUCUUGACGGUUUAUAUCAUACAAGUUAUGCGCAAUAGUCAAAACAAUACAAAUUCGAGCGUAAAGUAGUAUUUUUUAAGCUUUUUUUCUCGAGUUUAAACUUUACCAAAAAUCGUUAAAAUCACGGGAUUUAAAACAUCUUAAAACACGUUUGAAUUUUAAAAAAUCGGAAAAAAUUUAGAAAACCGUUUCCCCUCCUCGUUAUAAUAACUUUCCAAACGGAAAUUUCAAGAGAGACAUUUUAAAGGUGGAAAAUUAUAUUUUUAGUUUUUACGUGAUGGGUACAAUUGUUUUAGCUCCGAAAAAAAUAAUAAUUCGCCAGAGGUUAUACUUAGUGGUGGAAUAAAAAAAGUCGGGUGUAUUUUUUCAAUUUUUUGAUUUAUAAACGUUUAAAGUUGAAAUUUCGCAUUUUUUCCCAUCGAUAUCCGAGCGUUCCCGAUGCAGACGUGAAAAAAAUAAUACCGCGAACAAUUUCCGGGUUGUAAAAUUAUAUUUUAUCUUUUUCGCACCGACAUCGCCGAGAAUUGUUAUAUUGCGCGGAAUUUUUUUUCUUUUCGGAUGGAUAAACCGGAAAAAGGUUCAGUAGAAAAAAAAUUGCGUAAUAUUUUGUAAUAUUAUUUUGGCAGACUAUUGUGCGCUUCCGCCGAAAUGCAAUACUCGGGGUUGGUGUUUUAUUUUUAUUUUCGCGCGACGGGAAAAUCGAAAAUAGAUAGAAAAUACGCUCGGUAUCGACGAUGACGACGGGGAAGAAAACCAAAGGACAAAAAAAAAAAAAAAAUAAUAAAAAAUCUCCCACGGUUAAGUUAAAACUAUUCCCCGACGACGCGACGUUCUUAACAAUGGGCAAGCCGUCGUCCACGAUCGUCUCGGGAGCGGGUUUUCGUUUUUACGUCCCGUCCGAACAAUAUGCGGAAAUCCGUCGCGUUCUCUCGUCUUUUUGCGUUUGGCGCCCUAUCGUUUUUGACGUUUUUCGAAAAGCGCGAGUCGUCCGAAUCGUCCGGCACAAGUUUCCACGAUGUUUCCGGCGUUUUUUCUUCGGCGAUCGAUUUCCAAGGCCGGCGACGGUACCCGACGGGAGCGCAUUCGUUUCGUCCGCGACCACGCGCGAGCCCUUCGCGGGUAAAACAGAUUUCGAUUGUCGAAAAACUUGCGUGAUAUAUCCGCCGGUGUCCACGGUGGAUUCCCGGGGAUGUUGUACUCAAACGUGUGAAGAAUACAGCUGGGAGUCGCCGAGGAAUAUUUCCGAGGACCCGACGAACAAGACGGCUCGCCGCCGUUUACGGGGGGCAGAUUUUAGCGAGACAUAACACGUCUGACCCCCCCCCCACUGACCUAUUUUUUUUUAUCCUCUAAUUUUUAUAAGACCGUCGAACAGACAAAUUGCUCGCGAAAAUAAACGAAUUAUUAAAAAUUGAUCGCGUUUUUGAUUAGCCUCGGUACAUAUUACGCAUUAUACGCUAUAAAAUAUUACGACGCAAUUUGCGCGUUCAAUAUAUUAUCUCCCUCCAAGGUAAAAUUUUAAACGCGCCAUAAACACAAUAUAAAGUACGCAUACAACAAGUGUUUAGUAGAAAAUAUAAAAAAAAAAACAAAAAAAAACUCUGAGGAAAAUCGUCUCAAUCGUGUUAUACGUUCUGUUAGGUGCCGCCGGAUAGUGUAAAAAAAAAAAAAAACCCACCCAAAACGCCUAUUUACCCACCAAACGUCGCGUUUCCCGACAUUUGGACCGCAAGAUAACCGCCGGCCACUGCUCGAGAAGUCGCGAUACCGCGCGCGCGCUGUCACGACGCCGUACAGAAAUACAUUUUAAAAUAACCGAAUAAAGAUAAACGGCCGGUGAUUUCAUGAUAUCUUGACAAAAGAAAACGAUAACAUUUGUUUUAUUGUACAUUUCGUGAAAUUUAUGCGUGUCAGAAGCAGUAAAAGACGUGCAUCGGUUUCGGUGUGACGCUCGUGUAUUGUACGCGUUAUACUACACAAUACACUACGGUAAUCGUAAUUUUCACACAUUUGUUUUACGCACUCAUCACGGAUGUACAAACAAUUUUUUUCCAUUUUUUUUUUUUAAACAUACAAUAAUAUUGUGUUUUACAGCUGUGCAUCGUUUGUUUCACGGUGCUGUGCGUCAGAUGCGAUCCGCCGCGCUCGUCGUCCGCAUCGUUCGAAGCGGAAACGGUUCCCGAGUCGUACGAGGAAACGAAAAGAUCGCUCUACGACGACGAUACCGCGUUGGAGGCGACGCAACUCGGCGACGACGACGGUGAUGGUACCGCGGAAGACCGUCGUCGGCAGCACCAUCACCACCUCAAGCGGUUCAUGGUGACCGUGAACGGCGUGCCGGACGGCGAGACGUCCGGCACGAACAGGCCGUACUUUAUGCACCAACAACAGUACCCGCAGCAACGUCUUCACCCCCAGCCGCAGUCCCAGCAGCAGCAACAGCUACAGCCGCAGAUGCAACAGUCGUCUCCGAUACAGCACUCGCAUCACUAUCACGAGCAGAGUCUCAGUUUCGACCAUCCGUCGGCGGUGGGCGGCACCGCCGGCGGCGGCGGCGUCAGCGGCUACAACGAACAGUCGGACGGUUUCUACCAGUCCGGCGGUGACGGCGGCGGCCGGGGCGGCGAAACCAUAAGCCUCGACUCGACCGGGUUCACCGACUUCGUACCGUCCGUCGGGUUCCGUUCGGCCGGCGGCGGCCAACCGGUCAUGCCGCCCAUGCCGUCGUCCCCAUCGUCGCCGUUCAACGCGCCGAUUCACAACCAGCUCCCGACGUACGACGGCGGUUCGAGCGGCCAAUUGUCGUUCGACUCGACCGGUUUCGGCCACGAAUCGCCUUCUUCGGCCGGUUACAAUAUCGGCGGCGGCUCGGGGUACUCUUCGGGCGGCGGCGGCGGCGGCGGAGGAGGUUAUGAUUACUCGGCGCCCCAGUCCCAUCAGGCUCCGAUCAUACACAAGUCCAUUUACGUGCACGUGGCGCCGCCCGACGACGAACCGCCCCGCAAGCAGCGGGUCAUCAUGCCCAACGUGCCGCCCAAGAAGAACUAUCAGAUAGUGUUCAUCAAAGCGCCGACCGCGCCGCCGCCCACCGCUCCGAUCAUACCGCCGCCGCCCCAACACUCGGACAAGACGCUCAUCUACGUGCUGCACCCCAAACCGGAAGAGGCGCCGCCCAUACACAUACCUCCGCCGCCGGUCACGCAGCCGCUUAAGCCCGAGGUGUACUUUAUCAAGUACAAGAACCGCGACGACUCGCACGGCGGCGGCGGCGGCGGCGGCGGCGGUGAUUACGGCGGCGGCGGCGGCCAUCACGGUGGCGCGGGCGGCGUGUUACCGUCGCCGGGUGAAGAAUUCGGCGGCGGCGGCGGCGGCGGCGGAUACGGGGGCGUCAGCGAUAAUUCCGGUUAUCCGCAUAGGCGUUAUGGCCGCGGCGACCAAACGCCGGUACCGCCGACGGGGUCGUCGUCCGAGACGUCGCUUUCGUCGUCGGGCGACGGCGGCACGGCCACCACGGCCGCCGGCGCCGCAGACGAGGACGAAGACGGAGCCGUGGCGCCGGAACAACGGGAACUGAUCGAAGCGACGGUCGCGGCCACCGCCGAGGCGGCGGCCGGCCCGACCGCGGCCGAGACGGUCGACGAGCUGCAGGGCCGGGGCGGCUACAGCACCGAGUACAACGACGCGUCCGUCGACAGCACCAACCUGAGCGAGACGCACGUGCUGUCCACUACGGCGCCCAAAGGGAAAAACGGCCACUGAUCGCCGCAACCGCGCCACCGCGAACGCAUCGAGUGCUGUGACAUUAAUAUCGCGCGUCGUCCAUAUGCACGUGUAUUAAUGUAUUAUUAUUAGUAAUAUUAUUAUUAUUAUUAUUAUUAUUGUUGUUGUUGUCGUCAAUGUAUUAUGGAU